CACAAGCACACACUAAUUUCACCUACAAAAUACACACAGAAACACACACUAACAGGAAGGGUGAAAAAUGGGUGUGGGGAAAUCAAACAAACUCUCACAAGCAGCCCUUCUGAAACAAAUCCUAAAGAGGUGUUCAAGCUUAGGCAAGAAACACGGAUACGACGACGUCCCGAAAGGCCACUUUCCGGUCUACGUCGGAGUCAAACGGAGCAGAUACAUCGUUCCGAUUUCAUUCCUGACUCAUCCCGAAUUCCAACGCCUGUUGCGGUGGUCGGAGGAAGAAUUCGGCUUCCAUCACGAAAUGGGUCUCACCAUUCCAUGCGAAGAGGUUGUUUUCCAGUCACUCACCGCCAUGCUCCGGUGACGUCCCACCGCAAUAACUCUGGUUUUCCGGCGAAGUAUAUGGUUAUGGUACCGGUGAUCACGAAUUUUUUGAAGAGAGAUGGUGUCUUGAGAUGAAGCAGCAUUUUGCUUCUGGUUCUCGUUUUUGAAGGAUAGUUUCCUUUUUACAGAUUCUAAAACUCUAAAAACCAAGCAACGUACAAGUUUUGUUGCAUGGUGUACAAGGUACCAAGCGUAACGUUACCUGGAUUAAGAGAUUACGGCUCUGAAAAAAAGGAAACUGAACUUUUUUCCGCCAAAUCACUCUUCAUUUUUUUUGUGAUUUAGAUUUUGUGUCGUAUGUAAUGAUUUUUAUUUGAACCCAACCUAAUAUUUGGGUGAUGUUGUAAAUUGUAAUUGACGAUUUAAACCCCAAAAAAUUAUUAAAUCUAAAUUUAUUUCGUGGGUUA